CUCAGACCUCCCCUUCGUACAUUGAGCUGUUCAUCCAACAGAAGGCUCCAGAACAUAUCAGGGAGAGGCGGGAAGACACAGAGCUCGAGCACAUUCAGCACAAGAGAGGCGGGAGAUUAAGUGUUUCCGCGAGAGCCAAAGCGCAAACCUGAGCACCACGCGCUGCACUUUCAAACCGACCAGCGCAACUCGCUAGCUGCUCCCCCUCCGCCGUCCGCUCCUCUAUCAGACCCACGGGACUUCACUUGUUCAUCCCUAACCGGACAGGCUCAGCUCAUCCGACCGGGAGACCGGGCAAACCCAGUGGUUCUGUUCUCUGUGUGUGCAGGAGUAGGGGGACACUGAGGUGGAGGGGUGACAUGCUCGCUCAGCAACCCAGCAGAGUUUCUCCGAGGUGGGCCAAGCUGUGACAGAGGGCCUCUCUCUGGUGAGCCAACCCGCAACCCUGACCGCUCCAGCAGGCCUCACACCCAGUCCUAACUACUGUGUGUGCCAGGACCAGGCCACCUCCAGCCCAGGCCAGACCACGUCUACCCCAGGCCAGCCCAGAGUGGGUCAGCCCCAGCCCAACCCACCACUUCCCCAGCCCAGUAGCGGCCCAGGCCCAGGCUCCAGAAGCAUGGCCUUCACCCUGUCAGAGAUCAUGGCUGCGCGGCGGCAGCAGCAGUCCCAGGCCCAGCGGGCGGCAGGCAGGGUGGCCGUGGAGGUGGAUGAAUACAGCACCAACCCCACCCAGGCCUUCACCUUCUACAACAUCAACCAGGGACGCUUCCAGCCCCCGCACGUACAUAUGGUGGACCCCCUGCCCCACGACACUCCCAAGCCACCAGGUUACACCCGUUUUGUGUGUAUCUCAGACACCCACUCCCGUACGGACGCCAUUCAGAUGCCCUAUGGAGACGUGUUCAUCCAUGCUGGAGACUUCACAGAGCUGGGCCUGCCCUCUGAGGUCAAAAAGUUCAAUGAUUGGCUAGGCACCUUGCCCUACGACAUAAAGAUAGUGAUUGCGGGGAACCAUGAGUUGACCUUUGACCAGGAGUUCAUGGCUGACCUGAUCAAGCAGGACUUCUACUACUUCCCGUCGGCCUCCAAGCUGAAACCAGAGAACUACGAGAACGUCCAGUCCCUGCUCACCAACUGUAUCUACCUGCAGGACUCAGAGGUCACCGUACGCGGCUUCCGCAUCUAUGGCUCCCCCUGGCAGCCAUGGUACUAUGGCUGGGGGUUCAACCUGCCAAGAGGUCAGGCUCUGCUGGACAAGUGGAACCAGAUACCCGACUCCACCGACAUACUGGUCACACACUGCCCCCCACUGGGGUUCCUGGACUGGGUUCCUAAGAAGAUGCAGCGGGUGGGCUGUAUGGAGCUGCUCAACACUGUCCAGAGGAGAAUACAGCCCAAGCUGCACGUGUUCGGACACAUCCACGAAGGUUAUGGUAUGAUGACUGACGGCACCACCACGUUCGUCAACGCCUCGGCCUGCACCGUCAACUUCCAGCCCAUGAACCCACCCAUCGUCUUCGACCUGCCCAAUCCCACCAGGACCACAUGACUAGAGAAGCCCCGCCCUGCUGAGCCCCCCUCCAAUCAGGAGCCUAGUGGUGGGAAGGCAGGUAGGUGAGGGUGGUGGGCAGGUGUGGUGGUGUACUGUAUAUAUUCAAGGUUCUAAUGGUGUGUGUGUGUGUGUGUGUGUGUGUGUGUGUGUGUGUGUGGCACAACACACACAAGCGCAAGUCUCUGAUGGACGAUGUAUGUGUCUAAAGAGACAGGCGCUGUUGCAAAUCCUCACUUAGCAAAUCCAUUAAUGUUAUUUUAUGUACUGUCAUUCCUUUAUUUCAACAAAAGCUCUUAGAAACUCUAAAGUACGGCAAAAGACAGACCCCAGAUGCCUCAUCUCUCAUAUGGACAUGUCAGCAUUAGUCUGUAAAUCUUCUGUUGCACUUCUACUGCACUGGCAAUCUGACCUGGCUGUCAGGUAGAGAAGAGGACAGGGGAACAGUGUCUCCUGUGUCACUGUUUGAACUCACAGUCUUUCUCUCAGAAGACACUGGAUAACUCUCAUUCUCUCUUAUUGCUCAUAGAGGACUCUGUUAAGCCACCAGUGGAAGUUGCUCAGUGGUGAUGUUUUGACAUUGUGACAGUGUGGUCCACCGUUCAUUUGAGACCUUCCCUGGGGAGUGAUUGAACACUUACCAGUAGGGUUUCAGAACAUUAACCCAAUGUCCAUGUUUGACUUUGUGGAGCUGUUUGCCAGCACAGAAUGGAUACCCCUGACAGUACUCUGAUAUCACACUUCCUGCACUGCAGAUUAAAACACUGCUUUCCCCUCAUCCCUUUUUCUCUUGAUCCCUCUUUUCAUCUGCACCUCUUGUUUCACUCUCCACUCUCUCUCUCUCUCUCUGGCCUUGGCAUGGUGGUUUGUGUGUGUGUGUGUGUGUGUGUGUGUGUGUGUGUGUGAGAGAUCAAAGUGUGUGUGUGAGGGCAACGGGAGGUCUCUGCCACAGGCUGUGUGUGAGUAUAGGUGUCAAACGUGUUGACACCACUCCCCUGGGUCUCAUUACAACUCUCAGUAAGCCUCUUAACCAGGGGAGAGGGAUCUCUUCUCUUCCUUCUUCUGUUUUUUUCCCCUCUCCUUCUUCCCCCCUCCAUCCCUCAUUGCAUGUGUAAUCAGCUCACCGUCUCAUCCCUGGCUCAUGUGCCGUGAUCCUGACAAGUUUAUUCCAAGGUCACCGGCCGGGAAGCUUGCAAGAUUUUGAUUCCGAGUACGGAAUACUGGAAAUACGUAAUAACCAUCAGAGCGGAUUGGCAAAUGUGUUCGCUCCCGACCCUGUACAGAAGCAGCGGUGUCUGGAAUGUUCUCGCUGCUCCAUGGUGCCCUUUCUGCGAGAGAUGUAUCAUGUGCAUGAACUUUGAACUCUUAGUGGACCAAUGGAUGACGAUGAGGUGUAGGCCUAAUGUACCGUAACUGGUCAAGAAGUUGGAACUGUACAUCUACAUCACCUGUCAUUGUAAAAACAUGUUACAAGGACUACUUCAGAUGUUGUUAAAUAUGUGUGUGUGUUGUUAAAAAAAGAGCCAGUGCAGAAACAAUGUUUACAUUUUAUUCUAAGUUCAGUUCUUUCUUAUAUAGGCUAAUAAAUGCGUAUUACUGUAUAAUAAUAUCUGCACUAUGUUACACUAAAAAAUGCUGGGUUGUUUGGUUGACUCAACUGCUGAGUUGUUUUCUUUAGAAACUGCAGGGUUAUUGGUGCUGGGUUAUUGAGGCUGGGUUAUUGAUGCUGGGUUUUUGAUGCUGGGGUUUUGGUGCUGGGUUAUUGAUGCUGGGUUUUUGGUGCUGGGUUAUUGAUGCUGGGUUAUUGGUGCUGGGUUAUUGAGGCUGGGUUAUUGAUGCUGGGUUUUUGAUGCUGGGUUAUUGAGGCUGGGUUAUUGAGGCUGGGUUUUUGAUGCUGGGUUUUUGGUGCUGGGUUAUUGAUGCUGGGUUAUUGAUGCUGGGUUAUUGGUGCUGGGUUAUUGAGAUAUGACCCAGCAGGUCAGAUCAGAAGACUGGAGGUGUAGUUUAGUAGGGGCGUGGCUUUCAGAUAGUUAUUUUUAACCACCCAUGAAAGUAAAUGUCAUUCCCAUUCAUCUGUUCUGUUGCAUAGUUAUGACAUAUUAAGGUCGAACAUUUAAAAUUUUGUAGCUUCAAUGACGCUCACAGAAGUGUAUAAGUUCCCUAAAACCUACAUAAGUCCCAUUGUUGGGAUACAAUAAGGUGGUAUACCUUAUUAGGCAGUAAGAUGGUAUACCUUAUAAUAAAUCAUCUUAAUAUUACAAAAGAAUGUGUGAAAAACAUGUUAUUGACAUUGUAAUUUGCAGUAUGUACGUUUAAAAUGAUGUACAGGAAUGACAUUUACUCUCACGGGUGGCCAAUAAGCUCUAGCUGAAAGCCACGCCCCUAAUAAACCAUGCCUCCUGAAAAUAACCUAAAGAUUACGUUAAAAAAGACCCAGCUUCUAGGUCAACCAGCAUGAGUCAAAAACACCCAACUGAUGGUUACAUUAGCCCAUGUUUGGGUAAUCCCAACCACCCAACAUGUUGGGUCAUUCAUGCAACCCAAUUGGCUUGGUCAAAAAUAACCCAACAUGUGUUCUGCCUAUUAUUUAACCAGCUCUAAAUUAAAUAUAAUUUUUUAGACUGCAUGGGGUUACCCACAUACUUUAAUUAACUCUCUCAUGUCAAGCAGUUGUCUGCGUAAAAAAGGGUAACAUUUUUCUUUCUAAAGCACUUGUGAAUGAGCGUCCUUCCUCUGCUCGUCUGGCAGCCAAAGUCUUUGGUUGGCUAGCUGAGCUCAAAGUGUGGUUAGCAUAACAAGACUACAUUCCGUUUGAUCUCUCUGCUCUCAGACAUUAUAUAUGAACAUCCCCUCUGGCUACGUUUUAUUCCCAGGGUCACUGGUGUUUCACUGCUGUUCUGCACAUUGUGCUAGCUGGGUUAUGUCUUAAUGGGGCAGACUAGUGGGCUGUUGUAGGAAUACAAAGAAUAGGAUAGAAUGUUUACAGAUAAGUGUGUGUAUGUGUACGUAUACCUGUGUGCGUGUGGAUAGAGCCAGGGGGUAAGCAUUCUGAGAACAUGCUUAAACGAGGGGGGGAGUCAGUGCCUGUAUCAUCUUCUUUUCUUUUAAAGGUUUCUGCAGGGGAAAAUGUCUGUUUGUUUUUGGGCAUUUCUUACUAUUCUCUUUCAACCAUAACUUUGAAAUGUCUCACUUUUUAUGCACUGUGCCUCAAUAGCUGUAUUCUGUAUUUCCUGUUUUCUUUGAAAACUCAAGUUUUGCUGUUGUAUUUCUUGUUCGUUCCUUGGGGCAUGCUGUUCUGAAUCUAAUAACUUCUGAUGACAAUCUGCUUGUAUUGUAUAUCGUUGUUACCAUUGUUUGGGAUAUACUAACUAUUGGGAUUUUUUUAUUGCUUUAAUGAUGUACAAUAUUUUUUUAUGUGAAAAGAAGAAAAACCCAAACAUUUUAGAAUGGUAUUGUAUAAUGUGUUGCCCCUGGAGACAACUCUGUAAAUGUAAAAUACCUUUCUUAAAACUACCUGCUUCUGGUUUUCUGAGAGAUUAUCUACACAAAUUGAAUUAAAUCUUAUCUGUGA